UUCUGUCAGUUCUGCUGUCAAUUAGUUGUUUAUUUUGUUGGCGGAUUGUAACAAACCAAUUUAUUACAAUCGGUUUCUUCGAAAUUUAAACCUGUGUUGAUUAUCAUGGCUAGAUUUAAGAAUGGAAACUUAAUCAUGUUUUGUUAAAACUAAAAAAAUAGAGACAUUAGCGUGUAAGUUAUAGGUUAUUUCAUAACCUCAAGUGCAAUUCCACAGUUUAAUGUAUAACAAUAUUAUUCAAUCAUUUAUAAAAUUAUAUCAGCUAUAUAAAAUUAUAAAUUCUUCUACAUUAACACACUUUUACUGUAAGUUUCAAAGAGCAUAGAUUGUGUAACACAAUAAAAAAAUAUGUUGCAGUUAUAUACUAAUGUACUUCUGGUUGUUUUAAGUCUUAUUCUAGUUUUUAUUGUUAGAACCGUUUUACUAAUGGUUUUUACUGUUAAAGGGUAUAGGAAAAAAUCUAAAAGAUUGUCUCAAGAUUCUGUGAAAACCGUAAUUGUCAUUGGAUCUGGAGGACAUACUUCGGAAAUGAUGUACCUUGUAGAAUCUUUGCAUCCUGUCAGAUAUUCACCUAGACUGUACAUAAUGGCUAGUUCUGAUUUGUGGAGUGAACAAAAAGUUCACGAAUUAGAGAGUAAACUUAAAACUAAUGACCGUCAAAGCAAAUAUGAAGUAUUUAAGAUUCCUCGAAGUCGCAGUGUUCAUCAGUCCUAUUUUACUUCUGUGUUUACAACUUUAUACGCUAUACUUUCAUCCAUUCCAAUCAUGUUAAAAUUUAAUCCAGAACUAGUCUUAUGCAAUGGACCAGGAACCUGUAUUCCAAUAUGUGGAAUAGCUUUUUUAAUGAGGUGCUGUUUUAUAUCUGACAAUAAAGUAGUAUUUGUAGAAAGCAUCUGUAGAGUGAAAACAAUGUCACUUUCUGGCAGAAUAUUGCAGUGGUUUGCUGAUGAAAUAUUGGUUCAAUGGCCAGAAUUAAUGUCUAAAUGUAAAAGAGCGAAGUAUAUCGGACGAGUCGUUUGAGAUUUACUAAUAAAGUUUUAAAGUGGUUCAUACUGAAAAUGACCACAUUUGACAGUUUUUCAAGACUAAAUUAAAAAUUAUUGCUGGUAAACUAUUUAUAUUUAUAUAAAUAUUGCCUCGCUCUUGUAAAUAUUGUAAAUAUACGAAUUUAUUUUUAGUUCCUAUAGUAAGAGACAUACUGCAAACCUGGCCAUUUCAUUUUAUUAUUUAUUUAUGAUAUAAAGAACUCUCAAUUAAUAAUUUUAAUACUAUAGUGUCAUUGCAAGAAACAUGUACUUGUGCAAAGUUUAACGAAUGUACCUCAGCCCUAAGUGCAUUAAACAACAGUUUUUUUUUGCCACCAACCUGGCUUGAAUGUUAUGUUGUAUUAUAUUUAGUAUAUAUUUAUUUGAUUGUUACCAGUUUAUAUAUAACUAUGCGUAAAGUAUAUUUAUUAGUCUAUAAUUUUUUGUGUAUUAUCCUAUUGCAGGAAAAGAGUAAUUUUUAAAUAAUAAUUCAUUACUACUAGGCUUGUAAAAACUUCAAUUUUUUACAAUUAAAAUGUAUUACAAGUGAAAAAUUUAAAUGACAUUUGAGAUGAUUAUAGAAUAAAAUAAAGUAAAAUUAGUAAUGUAAAAUGUUAAUGUAGUAAGUACAGUAAUAUAAAUAAAGAUCCCUAUCUAUUAUUGUGUUGCAUGAUAUAGGAGGGUUGAUAGAUUACAUAGGUACGGUAUAUUAUAGAAAAAAGUAUAAAUUUAAUAUCACCUUAAUUUUAUUAUUCAAUACAAUACCUAUAGAGUGAUUACAUGGUCAGAACUUGAGUUUAGAUACUGUCUCGAGGAAGGCUUAGCCUAGGUUCUAUUUUCCCCCGAGAAUCCUCUUUUUAGCCUACAUCUUCUCUGAUGGCUAGAAGAAUUUGUGAUUGAUAUUUUUUCAUCAAAAAUUGUCUACAGUAAUCUAAGCGUAGGAAAUUACUAAUGAAAAAUGUUACUGUUACAUUAUAUGAAUAAGCCUGUAAAGAAUUGAAAUUUGUAUAGUGUAGUAAUAUUAGAGAAUUACAUUUUGGAUUAAAACACCUAAUUAACUUUAAAUUUUCAAUACUUUUUACUGUUCAAUAUUUAGGCUUAUUAAAUAUCUAGGUUGGGAUAAUUUGUUUGACAAGUAACUUUUAAUCUUAGGAAAGUUGCUAAUUAAUAGUUAAAAAGGUUUUGUUAUUAUUAGUUAAUGUACUUAAUGCAUAUAAUGAGCCAAAGAAAGGAAUGUGUAGAUAUAUAUUAGGUUUCUUGUAACUAUUUUUUAACAGCUGAUUACAAAAUAUAUGAAAUAAAGAUGAAUAUUUACUUU